CUGCAGGCGUGGCGUGCGCGGCUGGGCUACUAUGUGUACGAGACGGUGGGCAGCCUGCGCAUCGGAGACAUGUUUGACAUUGUGGUGGACUACCCAGACAGCCUGCCCGCCAUCGAGGACACCCGCGACUGCCUGCAGAACACCAACCUGCACCGCAAGUUCAUCACCCUGUUCCGCAAGGCCCUCAUGGACCGCCUGCUGCACCCGGGCGCCGCCACCGCUGACAUCAUCCAGCAGUAUGUGUCGGCCAUCAAGGCGCUGUCCCAUGUGGACCCUGGUGGUGCCAUUCUGAGCGCCGUGGGCAGCCCCAUCGCCGCCUACCUGCGCGGCAGACGCGACACCAUCCGCUGCAUCGUCACCAUGCUGACCGCAGACGAGGAGGAUGCGGCGGCACAGAGCCUGUUUGCGGAGCUGGGCAACGCGGAAGGGGCUGGGGCAGAGGUGGGGAUGCGCUGGGUUGAAGCCGGCGGGCGGUUGAAGCCGGCGGGCCUGCAUCCUUUGGACGCAGACCCGGCGCGCGGCGCCAGCGCGGCUGCGGCUGCCGCGGCGGGGGACGUGAUCAGCAAGCUGGUGGGCAUCUAUGGGUCCAAGGAGCUGUUCAUCAACGAGUACAGGUCCAUGCUGGCCGACCGCCUGCUGGCCAAGGGCGGCGACUACGAGUGCGACCGCGAGCUGCGCACGCUGGAGCUUCUCAAAGUGCGGUUCGGGGAAGGCAACCUGCACAACGCGGAGGUCAUGCUCAAGGACCUGGCGGACAGCAAGCGCAUCAACGCCAACGUCAAGUCGGUGCCCAACACCGCCACGCCGCUGCGCCGCCGCCGCCAGCUGGUCAACAUCGACGGACUCAGCGCCACCAUCGUCUCCCAGCUGUUCUGGCCCACGCUGCCGCAAGACGAGUUCAACCUGCCGCCAGAGGUGCAAGCCAUGCUGGCCACCUACGGUGCCAAGUACCGCUCGCUCAAGGCGCCGCGCAAGCUGCAGUGGAAGCCCAACCUGGGCACGGUGCAGCUGGAGCUGGCCAUUGGGGACCAGAGCCUGGAGUUCAAUGUCUCCCCAUUCCACGCCUCUGUGCUCAUGCACUUCCACACCCGCCCCGAGUGGCCGGCAGCUGAGCUGGCGGAGCAGAUGGGGGUGGCGCCAGAUGCGCUGCGCCGCAAGAUCAUUUACUGGAUCAACCAAGGCAAGGCGCGGCUUGGCAUUAGGCAUGCGAAGGCGCCGGUGGCUUCCCCGCCUUUGCAAGAGGUUCCCACAGUGCAGGGCGUUUCCCCAUGUGCUUCUGACCUGUUUCUGCGCCCCCCCCCCCCCACACACACAGGCGGCAUGACCGCCUACGAGCCCUUCAUCAUGGGCAUGCUCACCAACUUUGAUGCGCUGCCCUUGGACCGCGUGCACAACAUGCUCAAGAUGUUUGUCAGCGACCCGCCGUACGACAAGACCCUGGAGCAGCUGGGCGCCUACAUGGGCCGCCUGGUGGCCGACGAGAAGCUGAGCCUGGACGGCGGCACCUACCGCAAGCGCACCUGA